AUGGCAGAAGCAGUGGUGUCAAUUGCUCUUGAAACCAUCCGUGAUUUGCUAUUGGAAGAGGGAAGGUUUUUAGCUGGUGUGGGCGAUCAAGUCGGGGAGCUUGAGCGGCAGCUCAAAGAGAUGAAGUGUUUCCUCCAAGACGCUGACAAACGAAGACAUGAAAGCAGGACGAUCUUCAAUUGGAUCUCGGAAAUCAGAGAUCUCGUCUACAGAUCCGAAUCCGCCAUUGAAAGACACACAGCUUAUCAAGUUUCUUCAAGGAGAAGAGGCCUCCGGCAGUUCGUCUGCAAAUAUUCCUGCAUUUUGGAAGACUGCUACUCACUCCACCAAUUAGGCUCCGAGAUUUCACAAAUUACAUCAAAUCUGGAGAGGAUAAGCAAGGAUAUGCAAGAAAAUGGCAUAAAAAGAAGCAUGAUCAUGAAUCCACAUGGAGAGGGGGAAAGCUCGGGUGGAAACAACACGUCAAGGAAGACUUUCCCCAAUUUGGAGAUGGGAGAUUGCUUUGUAGGCAUGGAGGAUGAGCUGAAGCAGCUUGUUCAUCACCUAGGGAAAGAUACAGAGCAUCGAAUUAUUUCAGUGUGGGGAAUGGGAGGCUCAGGCAAGACCGCCAUUGCCAAGAAGCUCUACAACGAGACGACCGACUUUGAUCUCUCUGCGUGGGUUUGCAUUACUCAGCAAUGCGAGACUCGAUCUGUGUGGGAGGAUGUUCUGAGGCAGCUAGAGAAUCAGAAGAAGAAUAAGAAGAGUGUUUCAAGUGUGAACGAUGAGCUACGAAUAAAGGAGGUUCCAAGUCUGAGCGACUCAGAGUUGAUUGAGAGACUAUGUGAGAUACAAAGAGAGAAUCGAUGUCUGAUUGUGUUGGAUGAUCUUUGGGAGCUUUCUCAAUGGGAGGAGUUGAAGCAUCCUUUCGUUGUCCAAAAUUUGGAGAGCAAAAUAUUGGUGACAACACGGAAACAAAAAGUUGCAGAGAUUGGAUUGGCAGUGAAACAUGGGCUUUUACAUAUGGAUGCUGCUUUGGAACUACUUAAAAACAAAGCAUUUCAGCAUAGAAACAUUCCAGGUCAAUUUUAUAUUACUCUCCCUGUCUUCUAG